AAAUUAAAAUGUCAUAAACUGACAGUAGCCAUCUAGGUGGUAUGGUAACGCUCAUUAUUACUUCGAUAUAGAAAUAUACAAUCAAUUACAAAUUCACAUUAAAAGCAAAAAAAAAUUAUAAGUAACAAUGUCAGUCCGCAGCAAAAAGAUAUCAUUAUAUGGUCGCAUCGUGCAUCCCGCUCCUGUGGACGCGAAGCACAUAAACUUUUGCACUGACUUCGAAAAGUCUACGGUUAUCAAUACUUUCAAGAGACGAGGAUGGAAACAGGUCAGCCCCGAUGGUGAUUGGAAUGUCUACUGGUCAAACACCGCGACCUGCCGAAGUCUAUUCAACUUAGAUUCCGGGCUACGACUCCGAGACAACCAGCUAAUCAACCACUUUCCUAAUCAUUAUGAAUUGGUCCGCAAAGAUCUCCUUGUAAAAAACAUUAAAAGAUACCGCAAGGAAUUAGAGAAAGAAUGUCACCCUCUAGCAGACAAAACCGAAGUCAAACUCAGCAAUGGACAUGUGACUUAUCGCUAUUUGUAUUUAGAUUUGAUCCCCUUAACUUUUGUGUUACCCUCAGACUACAAUUUGUUUGUCGAGGAAUACCGCAGAUGUCCUCAAAUGACAUGGAUCAUGAAACCGUGCGGCAAAUCCCAAGGGGAAGGCAUUUUCCUCAUAAACAAACUGUCAAAACUGAAAAAAUGGUCCCGGGAAUCAAGAAAAUAUUUGCAACAUCAUAUCUCAAGCAAAGACAGCUAUGUUAUAUCGCGUUAUAUAGAUAACCCGCUUUUGAUCGGCGGGAAGAAAUUCGAUUUGAGAAUUUACGUCCUUGUUACAUCCUUUCGGCCUUUAAAGGCUUAUAUGUUUCGCAAUGGAUUUUGUCGAUUUUGCACGAUGAAGUACGACACGAGUGUAACAGAGCUCGACAACAUGUACGUUCAUCUGACUAACGUGAGUGUGCAGAAACACGGGGGAGAUUACAAUAGUAUACAUGGAGGGAAGCUCGGCAUACAUAAUUUAAAACUGUACUUGCAAGGGACGCGGGGUCGGGAAGUGACCGACCGUUUAUUUGAAGCGAUACACUGGCUUAUAGUACAUUCUUUAAAAGCUGUAGCACCUGUAAUGUCGAAUGACCGUCAUUGUUUUGAGUGUUAUGGAUAUGAUAUUAUAAUAGACAACAAUUUGAAACCCUGGUUAAUAGAGGUGAACGCGUCUCCAUCAAUGACGGCCACAACUGUCAACGACAGAAUUCUGAAAUAUAAAUUGGUCGAAAAUAUGUUAUCCGUAGUUUUACCUCCAGAUGGUAUCCCUGAUGCUCGUUGGAGCAAGACGCCGUCCCCAGAAGCAUUAGGCGAAUUCGACAUCCUCAUAGAUGAAGAUUUAAUGUAUAAGGACGAAGUGAAAAUAACGGGACGUGAGCACACGACAAAUGAGCGGUUUAGAACAACUUUUUGAUUUUUUUUAAUAACAUGUUUUGUUUUGUUAUUAAACGUAUAUUUAAAUACAA